AUGUCUGACACGGUCAGCGCGCACUCGGACUCGUCGAGAGACCUCGAGAAACACAAGCAAAGACAGGCCGAUAUGACUCCUUAUCAAUCCAGGAAGCCGUCCCUGGAUCGGAUCCAAUCGAAAAACAGCCAGACAAACGCAAACAUCAGUGGCGAACCAAGAAAUGUCGCCGACGCGGAGAUCGAAGAGGGCGAGAGGGAGCAAAGGGAGGCUAGCGAGAAGAAUGCUGCUGGUCCACCGCCCGGCUCGGGUUUCCACCCAAGCGACUUCCCUGAUGGUGGCCUCAAGGCGUGGCUGGUAGUCUUUGGCGGCUGGUGUGGCUUGUUCUGUACCUUUGGGUUCAUCAACUGCAUCGGCGUGUUCCAGGAGUACUACUUGCGGGAGCCCCUUGCCGACUACUCUGCCAGCACGGUUUCGUGGAUCACGUCGAUGGAAGUCUGGGGCCUGGUCUUUUUUGGGCUGAUAUUCGGGCGGGUCUUCGACCUCUACGGGCCGCGCUGGAUGCUCCUCAUCGGCACGGUGGUCUACAUCUUCGGCCUGAUGAUGACGAGCCUCUGCACCGAGUACUGGCAGUUCUUCCUCGCGCAGGGCGUGUGCGCCGCGAUCGCCGCAUCGGCCGUGUUUAACGCCUGCAUGACAAGCGUGUUCUCGUGGUUCUUCAAGAAGAGGGCAGCAGCGCUUGGUAUCAUGGUGAGCGGCAGCUCAGUCGGCGGUGUCGUCAUGCCCAUCAUGAUCCAGCAGCUCAUCCCCAAGAUCGGCUUCCCCUGGACCAUGCGCGCGGUUGCCUUCGUCUACUUGGGCUUGCUGGCUAUGAGCUGCGUCACCAUUAAGACGAGGUUGCCUCCCCGGCCGAAGCCACUGGUCAUCGCAGACUACCUCGCAGGCUUCAAGGAGCCGGCGUUCGCGCUGACGCUGGCGGGAAAUUUCCUCUUCUUCUGGGGAAUGUUCAUCCCCUUCAACUAUGUCAUCCUGCAGGCGCAGCAAGCUGGCAUGGACCCGACUCUCGUUGAAUACCUCUUGCCUAUUAUCAACGCUGUCAGUAUCUUCGGGCGAAUCAUCCCGGGUAUAGUCGCAGACAAGGUGGGCCGCUACAACACGGUCAUAUUCAUCGCUACGCUGUCGGCAGUUGUCACCCUCGCCGUCUGGAUCCCUUCCAACAACUCGCCAGCAGCUCUCAUCGUCUUCGCGAUCCUCUUCGGUUUUGCCUCUGGUGGCGUCAUCUCAAUCAGCCCAUCCCUCAUCGCGCAGAUCUCAGACAUCCGGCAGAUUGGUAACCGCAACGGGAUUGCAUUUGUGGCAAUGAGCUUUGGUGGCCUGACCGGCUCACCCAUUGCUGGCGCGAUCGUGUCUCGCCAGAACGGUGACUUCCUGGGGCUGCAGCUGUUUUGCGGCUUGGCCAUGGCCUGUUCGGCGUUUGUUUACGUUGCCGCGAGGUGGGUGCAGGUCGGGAUGAAGGUGACAAAGAUCUGA